AUGACGCCUAUGCCUUCAGCGCUUAGGUUCGAGCUGCUUGGGAAAUGCUCGGUCACCAAAGCACGCGCAGCAACUCUGCACCUGCCCCACGGGCCUGUGCCCCUCCCCAUCUUUAUGCCAGUGGCGACUCAGGGAUCAUUGAAAGGGCUCACACCAGACCAGCUUGAAGACCAAGGCUGUCGAUUGUGUCUCAACAAUACCUACCAUCUAGGCCUCAAACCAGGACAGGCAACUCUUGAUACCAUAGGCGGCGCUCACAAGCUGCAGUCAUGGACGCAUAAUAUCCUCACAGAUAGUGGUGGCUUCCAGAUGGUGUCGCUCCUUAAGCUCGCCAAAGUAACUGAAGAGGGCGUGAGAUUCCUCAGCCCUCACGACGGCUCGCCCAUGCUGCUCACGCCAGAGCACUCCAUGUCUCUCCAGAACUCGAUUGGUUCAGACAUCAUGAUGCAGCUCGACGACGUCAUCGUAACAACCUCCCCCGAUCUUGCGCGAAUGAAGGAGGCCAUGGAGCGCUCGGUGCGCUGGCUCGACCGCUGUAUACAAGCGCACAAGUACCCAGAACGCCAGAACCUCUUCUGCAUCAUACAGGGAGGGUUGGAUCUCGACCUGCGGCGGGAGUGUACCGCCGAGAUGAUGUCCAGGAACACACCAGGAAUAGCCAUUGGUGGCCUGUCUGGAGGCGAGGCAAAGAGCGACUAUUGUAAGGUGGUAAACACCUGCACUGGACUGCUGCCAGAGAAGAAGCCGCGAUAUGUCAUGGGUAUAGGCUAUCCUGAAGACCUGGUCGUAUCAGUAGCCCUUGGCGCAGAUAUGUUCGACUGCGUCUGGCCUACAAGAACCGCUCGCUUUGGUAACGCCAUCACCGCCAGCGGCACGCUCAAUCUCCGCAACGUGAUCUACUCGGAAGACUUUGGACCGAUUGAAGAAGGCUGCAAGUGUACCUGCUGCCGACCAACAUCAGAAGGCGGAUUGGGCAUCACGCGAGCCUACGUAUACCACGUCACAGCGAAGGAGACUGCCGGCGCGCAUCUUCUGACCAUGCACAAUGUACACUAUCAGCUUGACCUGAUGCGACAAGCGAGAGAAGCUAUCCUGGAAGAUCGUUACCCGCAAUUCCUGAAAGAUUUCUUCAGCAAGCUCUACAGCGGUAACAAAGAAAAGUACCCGGAAUGGGCAGUUGAGGCGCUGAACGGCGUCGGCGUAGAUCUCAUGAGCGAGUGAAUUCGCUGUGAGACACCGGCGAUGCUUACACCAAGGUAGAUUCUAUACUAGAUCAUAAGCAAGAACGUCCACACAG